UGCUGAAUUAAUUGGAGCUUGGUGAUAACAUCUUAGUAUGGUCACUUAGCACUACAGUCUGCCUGGCAUGCACAAGAUCCCAAGUUUGAACCUCAGAAGUUCCAGGCAGGAAGAGCAAAGACACCUGCUCUUGCUAGUUGCAGUGCCAAGUUAUGUCUUCCAACAGUCAAGGAAAUGUGUCUUCCCAUGAGGAGGUGCAGGAGGCAUCUGCACAGGAGGAGAAUGUCUUGAGAAGGGUAGCCAGCAUGCCAUUGGUUAGCUCUGCCUAUGACAUGGCUGCGAAUGCCUACAACUCUACCAAGGGCAGCCACCCCUAUGUGAAGUCUUUCUGUGAUGCUGCUGAGAAGGGGAUGAAGACCCUGAAAGAAGUGGCGGUCAGCACUGCUCAGCCUAUCCUGACUAAACUUGAACCCCAGAUUGCAGCAGCAAAUGAGUAUGCUUCCCGGGGCUUGGAUGCCCUGGAGGAGAAGCUGCCAAUUCUUCAGAUGUCAGCUGAUAAGGUUGCUUCUGACACCAAGGAGAUGGUGUCGUCCAAAGUGGCAAGCGCUAAGGACGCCAUUGGCGUCAAGCUGUCUGGAGUUGUAGGCAUGACGAAAGAAGCUGUGCAUGAUGGCAUGGAAGCGACCAAGUCUGCUAUUGGCCAGAGUCUGACCACCGUUAUGGAAUCCAGAAUGGGCCAGAUAGCUGUCAGUGGUGCUGAGGCAAUGCUUGGCAGAUCUGAAGACCUGAUAGAUGAAUAUCUCCCCAUAACAGAUGAAGAACUGACUGAGAUUACAGCAGCUGCAAAGGACGGCAAUGUGGUUCCUGUGCAGCAGCGCGAGCAGCAGGAAUAUCUGGUGCGUUUGGGCUCCCUUUCAAGCAGACUCCGCCAAAGGGCCUACUUGCACGCGGUGGCGAAGAUCAGACGAGCCAGGCAAAGGAUCCACGAGUCUCUCUCCCAGCUUCAGCAGAUAAUUCACAUGAUUGAAUACAUGAAGCAAGGUGUGGGGCAGACCUUUCAUGAGGGUGAAAAGAAGCUUAGCCAGAUGUUGAUCGACUGGAACAAGGCAAACCCAGAAGCAAAGGAUAACAAAGAUUUGGCGCAGCUAGAGGUAGAAAGCCAAACCCUGACAAUGUUUCAGUACCUGAUCCAUCAUCUGCAGACCGUUAGCCAAACCCUGGUGUCCAGCAUCCAAGGAUUCCCUUCUAGCCUGGAGGAUAAGGUGCAGAAAGUCGGCCAAAGCACUGGAGAACUUUAUGCCACCGCUUCCAUGGUCAGGUCCUUCCAGGACUUCCCCAGCACUCUCCUGGCCCAAAGCCGCCAGACAGUGCAGAAAGCGCAAGAAUACAUGGAUGAGCUGCUGGAAUAUGUCACUCACAACACCCCUCUCUCCUGGCUGGUGGGGCCUUUUGUGCUCUCUGGCAAGCUGCCUGCUGAAGUUUCAGAACCAGCAAAUUAAGGCAAAGACCUCUUGCAACAACCUUGCUAUUCACUCUUUUUGCUCUAGGUGUCAGCACUGUAUUUCGAUAACUUCGUGGCAGGUGAGCCCUGUACAGUGUAGAAGAUGAGCAUCUUUGUGCUGGCUGAACCUCAGAAUUGUAAAUAUCCAAAACAGUAACUUUAUUGAAUAUUUCAAAAUGUUGUAGAGCAAAGCUGCUAAUAAUGAAGUGGUGGUAAUUAAAUAAUGGUCAAAACUGGUAUGGUUGGGAAUCCUGUU